UGAAGCCGACACUCAGCUGUCUUCCGAUACGGACUUGGAGGAUCCUGAGGGCCGGAAUGCCAAACCCGGGAAAGGAAAGAAGGGUAAGAAGGUUCCAGGUGAGAAAGGUAAAGGUGUGCUAGUGCGUGCGCCGGGUCGAGUGAACGGCCACCAUCAGGAGAACGGCAUGGAGAACCUCAGCCUGUUCGAGAUCGUUAAACUGGGCAAGAGCGCAACACAGUCGGUGGUGGACGACUGGAUCGAGUCGUAUAAGAGUGACCGAGACGUCGCUCUGCUGGAGCUCAUUAACUUCUUCAUCCAGUGCUCAGGCUGUAAAGGUGCUGUGAGUUUGGAGAUGUUCAGACACAUGCAGAACUCGGAGAUCAUCAGAAAGAUGACGGAGGAGUUUGACGAGGACAGCGGCGAUUACCCCCUCACGAUGGCUGGGCCCAUGUGGAAGAAGUUCCGGUGGGGUUUCUGCGAGUUCAUCUCCGUUUUGGUGCGGCAGUGCCAGUACAGCAUCAUCUACGACGAGUACAUGAUGGACACGGUCAUCUCCUUACUGACCGGCCUGAGCGACUCGCAGGUCCGAGCAUUUAGACACACCAGCACGCUCGCAGCGAUGAAGCUGAUGACGGCGCUGGUGAACGUGGCUCUGAAUCUGAGCAUCAACAUGGAUAACACUCAGAGACAGUACGAGGCUGAGCGCAACAAAAGCCUCGGAAAAAGAGCAAACGACCGUCUGGAGCUGCUGCUGCAGAAACGCAAGGAGCUCCAGGAGAACCAGGACGAGAUUGAGAACAUGAUGAACGCCAUCUUUAAGGGAGUGUUUGUCCACAGAUACCGUGAUGCGAUCGCGGAGAUCAGAGCGAUCUGUAUCGAGGAGAUCGGUGUUUGGAUGAAGAUGUACAGCGACGCGUUUCUGAAUGACAGCUACCUGAAGUACGUGGGCUGGACGAUGCAUGAUAAGCAGGGAGAGGUGAGGUUAAAGUGUCUAACAGCUCUGCAGGGUUUGUAUUAUAACCGUGAGCUGAAUGCCAGACUGGAACUCUUCACCAGCCGCUUCAAGGACCGGAUCGUGUCCAUGGCUCUGGAUAAAGAGUGUGACGUGGCUGUUCAGGCCAUUAAACUCCUCACACUGGUCCUGCAGAGCAGCGACGAGGUCCUGACGGCCGAAGACUGUGAGAGCGUCUAUCACCUGGUUUACUCCGCCCACAGACCCAUCGCCGUGGCAGCGGGAGAGUUCCUCUACAAAAAGCUGUUCAGUCACCGCGGUCCGGAGGAGGACGCGUUACCCCGCAGAGGCCGACAGUGUCUGAACGCAAACCUCAUCAAAACCACCGUCUUCUUCUUCCUGGAGAGUGAGCUCCACGAACACGGCGCCUACCUGGUGGACAGUAUGUGGGACUGUGCGUCUGACCUGCUGAAGGACUGGGAGAGCAUGAUCAGCCUCCUGCUGGACGAGCCCUUCCCUGGAGAAGAAGCUCUGACGGACAGACAGGAGACGGCGCUGAUCGAGAUCAUGCUGUGUGCCGUCAGACAGGCCUGCGAGUGCCACCCGCCGAUCGGCCGCGGGACGGGGAAGAGGGUCAUGACGGCCAAAGAAAAAAAAACACAGCUGGACGAUCGUACGAAGAUCACGGAAAUCUUCGCUGUGGCGCUGCCGCUGUUACUGGCUAAAUACUCCGUGGAUGCUGAGAAGGUCACUAACCUGCUGCAGUUACCGCAGUACUUCGAUCUGGAGAUCUACACUACUGGCAGACUGGAGAAGCACUUGGAGGCGCUGUUGCGGCAGAUCCGCGAGGUGGUGGAGAAGCACACGGACACGGACGUUCUGGAGGCGUGCUCCAUGACGUUCCACGCGCUCUGUAACGAGGAGUUCACCAUCUUCAACCGCGUGGACAUCGCGCGCAGCCAGCUGCUGGACGAGCAGGUGGACAAGUUCAACCGCCUGCUGGAGGACUUCCUGCAGGAGGGGGAGGAGCCUGAUGAAGAUGAUGCGUAUCAGGUUCUGUCAACACUCAAGAGAAUCACAGCCUUCCACAAUGCCCACGACCUCACCAAGUGGGAUUUAUUCACCAGCAACUACAGACUCCUGAACACCGGCCUGCAGAACGGGGACAUGCCUGAGCAGAUCGUGAUUCACGCCCUGCAGUGCACUCAUUACGUCAUCCUGUGGAACCUGGCGAAGGUCUCAGAGGGCAGCUCCCAGAAGGGGGACCUGGUGACCCUGAGGAAGCAGAUGCGGGCGUUCUGCCUGAUGUGUCAGAGAUACCUGAGCAGCGUCAGUAUAGCCGUGAAAGAACAGGCCUUCACUAUCCUGUGCGACGCUCUGAUGAUCUUCAGUCAUCAGAUUGUGUCGUCUGGUCGAGAAGCUCUGGAGCCGCUGGUGUUCAGUCCCGACUCGUCGCUGCAGAGCGACCUGCUGAACUUCAUCCUCGACCACGUCUUCAUCGACCAGGACGACGACGGCAGCACCGACGGGCAGCAGGACGAUGAAGCCGGUAAGAUCGAAGCGUUACACAAGCGCAGGAAUCUGCUGGCAGCUUACUGCAAACUCAUCAUCUACAACGUGGUGGAGAUGAGCACCGGGGCGGACAUCUUCAAACAGUACAUGAGGUACUACAACGAUUACGGGGACAUUAUAAAGGAGACGAUGAGCAAAACGCGGCAGAUCGACAAGAUCCAGUGCGCCAAAACGCUGAUCCUGAGUCUGCAGCAGCUGUUUAAUGAGAUGCUGAGUGAGAUGGGCUGUAACUUCGAUCGCUCCUCUUCUUCGUUCUGCGGCGUUAAAGAACUCGCCCGGCGGUUCUCGCUCACCUUCGGCCUCGACCAGCUGAAGACCAGAGAGGCCAUCGCCAUGCUGCACAAGGAUGGUAUAGAGUUUGCGUUUAAGGAGCCGAGUCCUCAGGGGGAUGGCGGACCCCCCCUCAACUUGGCCUUCCUCGACAUCCUCAGUGAGUUCUCCUCUAAACUGCUGCGCCAGGACAGGAAGACUGUUCACCUGUAUCUGGAGCGGUUCAUGACGUUCCAGAUGUCUCUGCAGAGGGAGGACUGCUGGCUCCCUCUGAUCUCCUACAGAAACUCCCUGCAGGCCGGAGCUGAUGACGACACCAUGUCGGUGGUCAGCGGGGUCAGCAGCCGGGGGACCACUCGCAGCAAGAAGACCAAAAUCACCCCCGCGCCCGCCAAGAGGAAACUCCCGGAGGAGGACAGCAGCUGCAGCAGUGACACGGGGGUGUGGAUGACCCGCGAGCCCAGCGUGCAGCAGACCCCCGUGAUGAUGUCGUCGCCCCACAUGACCUCCACCGUGCUGCGGGAGGCCAAGAAGCUCCGCCCAGACGAAGGAUACGUGGGAGUUUACACCAUGAGCAACGAGCCGCAGCACACGCCGCUGCAGCAGACGCACCAGGCCAUCGACUACAAUACGCAGGUAGCGUGGAUGCUGGCCCAGCGGCAGCAGCAGGAGAGAGCCAACAUCCAGAACGCCAAGAUGAGGAGCCACAUGCAGCACGCCAUUCGGCGAAGCACAGGGCUGAUGGAGGACGACGAGGAGCCGAUCGUGGAGGACGUGAUGAUGUCAUCAGAGCAGCGUCUGGAAGACCUGAACGAGGGCAUGGACUUCGACACCAUGGACAUCGAUCUGCCUCCGUCUAAAAACCGCAGAGAGCGCUCGGAGCUCAAGCCUGAUUACUUCGACCCCGCCUCCAUCAUGGACGACUCGGUGCUGAACGUCUCGAUGUUCUGAUCCGUUCUGCUCUGGUCGGAGUGGAUGAGCGAGAGACAGAGAGAGAGAGAGAGAGAGACAGAGGAGCAGACAAACAGACAGACAGACAGACGCUCUCUUCCUGCACACACACUUCCUGUUUGUCCAGCUGUGGAGUCCGGCUGCACUUCCUCCUUUAACUCUUCAGUUUCUGCAGUUUAACUCUCGGCACGGCGCAGUGCAGCGCCCCCUGCUGGAGCGCAGCCUCGCAAACAGCCACAACACUCAUCUUAACAAACAAACAGCUCCAGACGCUCUUUUCUAAAGGCAGUGUAGAAACGGCUUUUCUGUUUUUGUAACUUAUAGCAGAGUUUUUGAUUUGUAGGUUAUUUUCUAAAGACAAUCAGCUGUAAAUCAGAACUUUAUAAACUCGAGACGAGUAUUUAAAUCGACGUUUCUAAGCAGAUUUCCUGUGUGGGACGCGGGUUUAGAGGCUUACCGUGUUUUCGUUUGUGUUUGUUUUUAUUUCCCUCUGUGGACUCGUUAAUGAGGAUCUUCCUCAACGUACGAAACCCCCUCGGUCGCCGUGACGGCGUCGCACUCCGGGGAGACGCCGAUCGGGCCGGAGCGACACGUCUCCGCGUUUCUAUUGCUCCUUUAUUCUCACGGCCGUGGCCUAUAGGGUGAAACCUUAAAGCACCCCCCCAAACCCCCCCCAGUGCUCGCUCAGGACGGGUCGGACGGAGCGCGUCUUCACAGAGUCAUCGUUUAUUUUACCGCCUGAAUGAAAAACUCGCAGAGAGAGAAACGUAAAGUGCUUCGACUCUGAUAUACUCCAUUUAAAUUAGCUAUAUUAGGUAUUAUAAUAUAUUGUUAUAUAUCUCUAAAGUAUAUAAUUAUAUAUUAUAUAUUCUACACAAACGUGUGAAAAUGUGAAUUGGUGCUGAUUUUUUUGUAUUUAAGUUGUUUUUCCACCGCAGCCACAGAUCCGCCGGACUGUACCGCGUUUGCGGUCAGACUGCAGAUCAGACGUUUUUCUUUUCGCUAAAUCUUUUUCUGUUUUUCUCCUUUUUUCCUUUCGUUUUGCAUCGUCGUGUUUCCUGUUUGUGUUUUUCUUUUUUAUUUUCGGGGUGGGCCGGUGUUUUUUUGGGGUCUGAAUCAUGAAUAUGUUAGCGAGGGUGUGUUUCCAUGGUGACGGUGUAAUCGCAGUGAGGCGACUGUGGGACUCAAACACAGCGUUCAGGAUCGAAAUGAAUAUUUAUGAAGUUUGGAUCACUUAUUUUUGAAAAUUCGUCACAGUUUAAUUUCACCCCCCCAUCUCUGUGUUGAACUGCUGAACGAGUGCAUGAGUGUGUGAGUGUGUUCGAGUGUGUGCGCGCGCGUGUGUACAUGUAUAAUAUGAUAUCGGACUGUAUAUAAAUCCAAGUGUUUUUUAUUCUAUUUACAAAAAAACAAUGUCCACUGUUCCAUUUCCUGUUUGUAUUUAUGUCGGAGACAGAAGAACCUUUUGGAACAAAAUAAACCCUCAGCUGUGAUUUCAA